AUGGCACGUAGAGAGGAACUCCGACGUCGACGACACUCAGGCGAGGCUCAGGAAGUAGAAGGCCAGCAGCGCCAACAGGUACGAGGCGCCGCUCAACGCCGCCAGCGCCCGCGACGCCGCCCGCACCCCGCCACGGCUCGUCGCGCCCCCUUCGCCCUCUUCGCCGUCCGCCACCUCCGCCCUUUCCGCUCCCCCCGCCCGGGUCGCCUCCUCGGCUUCGAUCGCCGCGCUCGUCUCGUACAAGGCGCUCGCCUCGUACGCGUCGCCUUCCGUCUCCGAUUCCGACCCUUCGGCUUCCUCCCUCUCGGGCUCCGACUCGCCGCUCCGGGUCGACGGGACCUUCUCCUCGUCGUCGUCCAGCGCGAACUCCGGACGGGGCGCGCUCGGCACCGGUCGCGCUUCCGCCGGACGCGAAGGAGAACGGAGCCGCGGGCGUCGAGUCGGUCCCGGCGCCCGCGGCGGCGGCGCGUAGCCGCCGAUUCGCCGGUAACUCGGAUCCAAACGGCGGCAUUCCGUCGCCGCCGACAGCCCGUCGACGUCGCGGCCGAACACCGGCGGCAAGUCGCGGCGGGGUCGACGCAGCGAGCCGUAGAAGGCCCGCGGCGAGGGGACCUCCGGCGGCGACGCGUCCGACAGCACGGCGAAAGCUCGCGGGAUCCUUCGGGCGUAUAUCGACUCGAGCGGGACGUGAUGCCGCCUCGGCCCGGGCGCGGCCCGCAAGGGCAGCCCGUACACGAAGUAGCGGUCACUGUAGACGACGGUCGCGAAGGCGCUCGUCGCCCUCGAGAAGCGAGCAGCCGACUUCGAGGCGGCGCGACGCCGACGAGCGACGAAGCGGCGCAGGGCCGUGGGCGGUCGGGGGCUCUCGUAGGGCUCCGAGUAUAG